CCUCAACGUCGCGAUUCAUUUCCAAGGCGCAGCAAGCGAAGCAACAAGCGAACUCCCUCAAUUCACCACUAAAAGAAUCAAAUCACUAUAAUACCGCCACAAUGUCUCGCCCCGAGGACUCUCUCGCGGCCGACGUCCACUACGACGACACCGAAGCCCGCAAAUACACCACCAGCUCCCGUAUCCAAAACAUCCAAGCCUCCAUGACGCGCCGCGCCCUCGAGCUGCUCGACCUUAAAACCCCCUCCCUCAUCCUCGACAUCGGCUGCGGCAGCGGCCUCUCCGGCGAGAUCCUCUCCGCCGUCGACCCUUCCGACGGCGGGCCGCACACCUGGAUCGGCAUGGACGUCUCGCCCUCCAUGCUGGACAUUGCGCUGCAGCGCGACGUCGAGGGCGACCUGAUGCUCGCCGACAUUGGCCAGGGCGUGCCCUUCCGCGCGGGCUCCUUCGACGCCGCCAUCAGCAUCUCCGCCAUCCAGUGGCUCUGCAGCGCCGAGUCGAGCGAGACGUCGCCCGCGGGACGGCUUAAUCGCUUCUUCAACGGCCUGUAUGCGUCGCUGCGCAGGGGUGGCCGUGCUGUGUGCCAGUUUUACCCCAAGAACGACACCCAGCGCAACAUGAUCACCCAGGCUGCCGUCAAAGCCGGCUUCGGCGCCGGUCUCCUCGAGGACGACCCCGGCACCAAGAAUGUCAAGCUGUACCUCGUCCUGACUGUGGGCAACAACGAUAACGAAGGUGGCAACACGGACAUCACUGGCGUGGUCAGCGGUAUGGACAACGUCGAUGUUUUGGACGCCAGAAAGCGACUCAAGGCGAACAACACCCAGGUUAAGAAGGGCAGCAAGGCGUGGAUCGUCAAGAAGAAGGAGCAGAUGGAGCGAAAAGGAAAGAUUGUCAAGGCUACGUCCAAAUACACCGGCCGCAAGCGUCGCAUUCAGUUUUAAAAGCAGAUUGUUUGAGGAGAAGAGAGCUGGGUUGCAUGGUAUGGGCGUUAGUGGCGCAUUCGGCUUUAUACAAUUUCUUUUUGCAGAUACAUAUGAUAUAUAUGAAUUGUUGAUACCCUUUUAUC